AUGAAUUUCGAGGAGGAUGACUGGUUCAAUUAUAAUGAUGCCAACCGACCAGAUGCCAGCCCCGGUGCUGGAAAUUUCUACGAACCAGAUAACAUCGCCAACAUCCCACUCAAUGAUGACCCACUCAACGAUGAUCCAGGCCAGGAACUCGAGUUCAAUAUCGCAGGUGGCAGUAUUGAAGAUUACCCCUACGACAUACGGGAAUCACCGGGCGGUUUAAAUGGUCAUCAUCAUCCAGGAACGAGUGGGAGCAACGAUGUUGGGGGGCAGUUUCAGAAUAUGCAUAUCAUGCAGAAUACUGAUGCAUUCGAUCCACAUAUGCAACAGUCGGGUAGCGUGCCGUACAAUUCUUUCGAAAUGCCCACAGUCAUUAGUGGAAAUCCAGAGGGACAAUAUCAAGACUUUGGAAUUGAUGAUCCACAAUCGUAUUAUGCUAGUCAACAACCAUCAACAUCACAAGGUAAUGAUAUAAUAAUAAACGAUAGUUAUGAGAUGAUGGGAUCGUCAACAUCGUAUAUGCCGCAAAUGGAUCAUAUGAAUCCUUCAUCUGCUGGAAAUCCGCCAUCAUAUUCUGGAAUGAGCCAACAACAAGACAUGAGUAGUAGUUCACAAGUGCAGCAACAGCCUCCGAAGCCAAAACCAAAGAAGAAAGCUCCGAGUAAAAAGAAACCAACGCCAGCUCCCGCUUCGGAUACUGUUGGCAGCAUUCUGACGAAGGCGAACAAAAUGACACAGCAACAAAACAAUGAGAACAGCAACAACGAGACGACAAAAGUGGAAACAAGGAUGUCAAAUGAAGAUAAUAUGGUGCUCACACAAUUGAUGAUGGAACUGAGUCGUUUAAGAGAAGAAGAAGCGAAGGGGCACGAUCGGCAAAGUGAGAUCGCGGAUGUUGCAGGCAAAGUUGCUCUCAUUUUCUCGAAGAGUAUACAGUCCAAUGAUACGAGUCAAUCGGGCAAUAAAAGUAUUAUUCUCAAUGAGAUUAAUAGUAUGACAUGUAGCAAUGGACCAUCUACGUCUACACAACAGCCGCAACAGCAACUGCCUCCACCACCAAGAAGAGCUCCGCCAAAGAAAAAAACCAACAAUCAGAACUCUAGAAACUCUCAACAACAGCAGCAACAACAACCAAUGUCACAUUCAGAAGUUCAAAUGACACCUGCGAAGGUUAUCAUGGAUCCGCCAACAGCAACGAUGGUACCUAGUAACAGCCAGAUGACGAACGUAUAUAAUGAUAAUGGGCCUGAAAAUUAUGUGUAUCAGACAAUGGAUGAACCAGGAACGAGCCAACAACAGUACAGUGAUUACCAUCAGCCAGAAUCAAAUGAUUCGAUGCAACCACAACAUCAAAUGCAAGGUCAUCAGCAAGUCAUUCAGACAAAAUUAGUUCCAACGAUAAGUCAGAGAGCGUCCAGCAGUUAUCAACAGCCUAUUGCAAAUCCACUCAAUUCUAAUGGACCAGGACCUUCGCCUCUCCUACACCAGCCACAAUCCCAUGAAAGUCUUCAUGAACAAAUGCAAGACCAACAGUAUCACGCCCAGGAUCAUCAAAGACCUCAAUCUCAGCAAAUGUACGUACCAGCUCAUCAUCAAUCUGAUGGGCAGAUCUAUCAACAGCAAGAUAUCGAACCAACAUUGGGAGAGGUUCUCCGACAGACUCAUGGACGAUAUCAAGGACCGCAGGAUGCUCCACAUCUUCGACAACAAUUGAUCAGUAAUGUGAAUGCAACUACGAGCAACAAAAUGGUUCAAAUAAGUCAAGAGCCGAAUCCGUCACCCGGUAAUUAUCAGAAUAAUAACAUUCAACAUCAACAGUAUGGGGAACCUUUUCAACAUCAUGGAAGUUAUUCGGACAGUCAAGAUAUGCAGCCACAUUCACAUUCUCAACAGGGAUAUGAAAAUCAGUACGAAACAACGGAUGAAUACUAUAAAGGCCCGAUUCCGGAUCAAGAUCCACAAAUGAUUCAAUCUCAUUCUGGUCUUCAACCUCAGAAUUAUGUACCAGAAGAAGUUUACGUGCCAGUGGAGAGCCAAGAAGCAAUCAUGGAACCGGAAAUUGAAUAUCCUCAAGUUCCAGUGUGUCCGAUUCCUCAAUCGAAAGAAGUACUAGAAGAAAAGUUGGAAGAAGCUCGAGUGAUUCGAGAGGAACGAGUUAACAAUUUUAUGAUGGAACAACUAGAUCGAUUGAAUGCUCCUCUCGAUUUGACACCUUUCAAAGGAAAAAUGGAUAUUUUGGAACGACUGCUUCCAUAUCAUCAUUUUUCAACUAGUGAAGAACCUGUGUCCAACUUUGAAUCUACUUUCCAAAGAGCAAUGAUGAACGCGAUUUCCCAUGCAGAUCUUCUUGGUAAUCGAGUUCGGAAUAUUGUUCUUCGUGAUACUAUGCGAACAUCGACAGAAUGGGAAGAAAACAUGAUUUUAUUUCUUGAAACGGAAUCGGAACGUCGAAAACUCGAGGAAGAUAGGAAGCUGGCAGAGCAAGACCCCCACACAUUUCUGGAAAAUAGCGACAUUAUUAAAAAUGUGCAAAAUAACCGGUUGAAUUUGGAGUGGUCGAAACAAGCAGCACCUUCUAUUCCGUCUCAUUUGAAAGAUCUCAAUCUUCGCGGUGACGAACUCACAGCUCACUAUAAGGAAUACGAAUUCGACUCAUAUGAUGAGAACCGGCCUCGCGGAUCUCCACUGCCUUUUGUUUACGAAGAGCCAGAGUCCGAGUCCGAGCCUGAACCAGAACCUGAGCCAGAGAAAGAACAACACCACGAUUUUCGAAGUGAUCUUUCACCUAUCGUGGGAUUCCCUCAAGUGUCUCCAGUUCCAUCACCAACACGAUAUCGGAAUGAAAGUGAAAGUACAUUUGAUUGGAAAGAUGAAGACGAGUCACCUUUGAUGUCACCAGAAACAGUUAAAAUCAACAAAGCGAAUGAGCAAAUUGCCAACGAACUGUUUGGAACACAGGAAGAACUCGAUAAACCAGUGAUGUUUCCAUUUGAACAGAUCUCUCAGGCAGCGCGUAAACAUCAGCAGGAAUUGCUCCAACAGCCACAUGUGUCUGUAUCGAGUGAUUCCAGCUCCAGUUCAAGUUCAACUGGAAACUCUCCUCAACGAACUCAGCUUCAUCCACGAAUCACUUCUCCUGAGUCGCUGGCAAGUUCUGCACCGAGGGAUGUGUUUUCAAGAGGUAUUCUCAAUCACAGUUAUGAUUCGGCAUCAGGUCAUGGUUCUAUUCGAAAUCAUAAUAUUGAUCAAGAUCGUGAUGAAGGAUCGCCUGAAAUCGAUGAUGAUUAUUCUAUGUCACCACCAGAAAGUCCCGUAUCCACAGCUGAAGUUCCGCAAAUAUCCCUGCCGCAUCCUGUUCAUAUGAUAAAGAAAGAGAUAGACGAUCAUAUUUCUAAACUGAAGUUACGGGUACCUGCAGCUACUAUCGAAAAAGGAAAGAAACCGGCUACAAGUGAUGACGAGGAUGAAGUUCAAGAAGUUUUGCCACAGACGAGGAAGCCAUUGAGAUUGAAAUUGAACCUGAAGGAUGUGAAACGGGAGGAGCCAUCACCAGAUCACGAUACAUCCAAAAAAUCUUUGAUGUCCAGAAUUGCAACUCCUGCUGCAAUGCUUUCUAGAGCUGAAACGAGUGUAAUGUCCACAUCGAAUGCUAAAUCACUUGAGAAAACUUCACUGAAGAUCCAGUCGACACCAUCAACAUCCAUGAAGAAUGUAUCAGAGACAACACCAGUGUUUAAGACGCCACUUCAUGCUCCUAUCAAAACGACACCAGCUGAUUCAAGAAAACGGAGAAGCGAGAAAAUUGAUGACACUCCACAUGAGAAGAGAAAAUUGGAGGUUCCAACUUCGAGCAGUUUUGUUACUCCGAAGAAUAGCAUAACUCGGGAAGAAGAAGGAGCUGAGAUUGGAAGGUUUUUGAGAACAAUGACUGAUGGUCGAAAGAUUGUGAUGAAAAUCGGCAAGAUUCCCAGAAAUAUCAAUCAUUUCGUUACACCGAGGAGAGAUUCAAAAGGAAAUAUUCAUAAGAAUUUGACUGCUACAGAAGAUACACGAUUGAAAAUGAAAUUUUUCAAAAGAAAUGGUGAGCUCGCCGUAGAAGUUACGGAACGAGUUCCGGAUGAUAUCGAUAGCGAAGCAAUCAAGGUUUCUUCAACUUCAAACGGACCAAGCUCCAGCAAUUCAAUUGCUCAUUCCGUGAAGGGGAGACCCGCUCCAGCUUCCAGAAAACCGUCAAUUGACCUUGCUGGAAAGGAUAAGAAGCCUAACUCGAACAGGAGCAAAAUGGCAUUCUCAAAUCGAUUCAACAUAUUUGCCACUGCUCCCUCUUCGAAACCAUCAACUUCUUCUCUAGCUCCACCCUCAGCUCCUGCCCCAGCUGCGGUGCGUACCACAGUGCCAACUAAUGGACGGAUACCAACUACGUCAACACGAGCACCAUCGUUACCUGUCCAUAUGUCCGCGCCAGUUGGAAUUCAGAACAGAGUUCCUAAAACAAUAGCAACUGCUUCGAUGAAUCUGAUAAAAACUACCCCGAUUGUUCCAAAAAUCACUGUGACAAGUGUCGCUGUUGCUGCAGGAAACUUGGUGAAACCCGAACAACCUGUUGAAGUUAAUAGCAAGACCUCGUCUAUGCUUCCGUGGAUGUUUGACAAAGCUGAAAGCUCUGAACAGACACCUAAAACUACCAAAAUUCAACCGGUUUCUGCCUUUGUGUCGUCAGCCUAUCCAUCAACAAGUCGAGAUCUUCUACAGGUGAAAACAGAGCCUUCGGAAGCUGUAAUGGUGCCAUCUCAGCAAGAGUCUCCCCGUGCCUCUUCAUCUCUGUCAAUGUCAUUCUUCGAAGAUGACAGAGGAUUCUCGUUUUUGCGUUCUCCAAACCGUACAAACGAGCCGUUACCCGUUGUUGAGUUUUCCGACGACGAAGAAGAUGAACAAGUUCACAAAACGUUCAGCCACGCAACCGAUCAUCUGUUAGGAACUAGCAAUAUGAAUAAUGUCAACGGAGCUGCCCCAAUACUUCCUUGGACAACCGAUCCCUGA